AUGACAAAUGUGACCACAAUGGGCGGAUUCCUCCUCAUGGGGUUUUCUGAUGAUCAUGAGCUGCAGAUCUUCUAUGCUCUGCUUUUCUUGGGGAUCUAUCUAUUGGCCCUGAUGGGUAACUUCACUAUUAUCAUCAUCACGAUCCUGGACCAGAGUCUCCAAUCCCCAAUGUAUUACUUCUUGAGGCAACUGUCCCUUCUAGACCUUUCCUUGAUUUCUGUCACAGUUCCCCAGUCCAUUGACAACUCACUGACACACAAUGGCUACAUUUCGUAUGGUCAGUGUAUGUUUCAGAUUUUCUUCUUCACAUCUUUUGCCUGGAUUGAAAUGGCCAUUCUCACGCUGAUGUCGUAUGACCGUUACGCAGCAAUUUGCCUGCCGCUGCGUUAUGAGCUCAUCAUGUGUCCUGCAAACUGUAAGUGGAUUGUGAUAGCUGCAUGGCUAAGUGGAGGAAUCUCUGGAAUUUUGUACACAGCAGCUACAUUUUCCAUUAAAUUCUGUCGAGCCAAAAUAAUUCACCAGUUCUUCUGUGAUGUCCCUCAGUUGGCAAAGCUCUCCUGCUCCCAUGAUUACUUUGGGGUGAUUGGAGUAUCUGCUUUCAUGGCUGUGAUGGCAUUCGUCUGCUUCAUCUUUAUCAUAUUCUCCUAUAUCCACAUCUUCUCCACUGUUUUAAGAAUACGCUCUGCUGAGGGCCAGUCAAAGGUCUUCUCUACCUGCCUGCCCCACCUCUUUGUAGUCUGUUUUUAUAUUUCCACAGGAACCUUUGCAUAUCUAAAACCAACUUCAGAUUCUCCAACUGCUUCUGACCUUGUGACAUCUGUCUUUUACACAGCAAUACCCCCAGUGCUCAAUCCUAUUAUCUACAGUUUGAGGAAUGAGGCCCUAAAGGGAGCUUUACGAAAGUCACUAUUGCAAGGAGUCUUUACAAGGAGAAAGGUAUUUUUCUCCUGUUGUUGA